AUGGCUGACCCCAAGGAGCCUGAGAAAGAGGGUGUUGAGCUGGGCACCCCUAAUGCUGCUCCCCCCGCAGGGACCAUGUCCACCCGGCGCCUCCGCAGCGAGGACUACAACGACUACAGCUCCACGGACGUCACGCCGGAGGGGAGCCCGCCUGGGGGCAUGAAUGGCUUUGCCCACCCCGAGUCCUACCAGCGCUUUGGGGAGUCCAACGGGACAACGUGGUACCAGACCCUGAUCCAUCUCCUGAAGGGGAAUAUUGGCACGGGAUUGCUGGGGCUGCCUCUGGCUGUGAAGAACGCCGGGAUCCUGCUGGGUCCUCUGAGCCUGCUGGUGAUGGGAAUCGUGGCUGUACACUGCAUGGGCAUCCUGGUGAAAUGUGCCCAUCACUUCUGCCACAGGUUCCAGAAGCAGUUUGUGGACUACGGGGGUGCCGUGAUGUACGGGCUGGAGUCAACUCCCAGCGCGUGGCUGCGGACACAUGCCGUCUGGGGAAGGCGUGUGGUGGGACUUUUCCUGAUCAUCACUCAGCUGGGCUUCUGCUGCGUGUACUUUGUCUUUCUGGCUGACAACCUGAAACAGGUCAUCUCUGCAGCAAACGGGACCACCAAUGACUGCAACUCGAACAGGACGGUGGCCAUGACCCCCACCAUGGACUCCCGGCUCUACAUGCUUUCCCUCCUGCCUUUUGUGGUGCUGCUCUCCUUCAUCCAGAAUCUCAAAGUCCUGUCCAUCUUCUCCAUGCUGGCCAACGUGGCCAUGCUUGGCAGCCUCAUCGUGAUCUACCAGUACAUCGUGCAGGACAUUCCUGAUCCCAGUCACCUGCCUCUAGCAGCAGCCUGGAAGACCUACCCUCUGUUUUUUGGCACGGCGAUCUUUGCUUUUGAAGGCAUCGGGGUGGUGCUGCCUCUGGAAAACAAGAUGAAGAACCCCCGUCAGUUCCCGGUCAUCCUCUAUGUGGGGAUGACCAUUGUCACCAUCCUGUACAUCAGCCUGAGCGUCCUGGGGUACCUGCGCUUUGGGGCGGGCAUUCAGGCCAGCAUAACCCUCAACCUGCCCAACUGCUGGCUGUACCAAGCCGUCAAGCUGCUCUUCUCCUUUGGGAUUUUCUUCACGUACGCCGUGCAGUUCUACGUGCCCGCCGAGAUCAUCAUCCCGCCCCUUGUCGCCCGCGUGUCGGAACGCUGGGGCUGGCUGGUCAACCUGCUCCUCAGGGUGGCCCUGGUUGGUGUGACCUGCGUGCUGAUCCUCAUCCCGCGCCUGGACAUCGUCAUCUCGCUGGUGGGCUCCGUCAGCAGCAGCGCCCUGGCUCUCAUCUUCCCUCCGCUGCUGGAGAUCGCCACCUACUACGCCGAAGGCAUGCACCCCCUCCUCAUUGCCAAGGACGUCGCCAUCAGCCUCUUCGGCUUCGUGGGUUUCGUGGUGGGGACGUAC